CAAAUCCCUUGAAACCCAUUUCUCUGUCUAGACUAGAAGUUCAUUUUAUAUUGAUUUGUGGGUGACUUGUAUUGUUCUUGGAAGACAUGAAGUUGCAACUGAAACUCGCACUUCCGAGCAAUUUAGAUGAAGGGUUCGACCUUAAUUAUCGCAACGAAGAUCAAGAAGAAGAGGAAGAUUGCAGAUUAAUGAAGAAAAAACGAAGUUUUGAUGAAACUUUUGAGGAAAUCAAGAAUGUAGAAAUCCCUCGAACGUUGUCGUUGUUGGAUCAUAUUGAUCUUUGUGAUGAGGAAGAUGGGGUUGUGGGCUGGCCACCAAUUAACUCUUGGAGGAAGAAGAUUUGCCACCACCACCACAACCGCCAUGGCUGCAACGCCACCAUGAACUAUGUGACGGUCGAGAACGGUGGCCGUGGCGGAAGUGGCAGAGGAAGAUCCAAUUACAUGUACGUUAAAGUUAAGAUGGAAGGAGUUGGGAUAGCAAGAAAGGUAGACUUAAGCCAACACCAUUCUUAUCAAACGUUAAUUGACGCCGUGAUGGCCAUGUUUGAUAAUGAAAAAGUGCAGGGCUACAAGCUUACAUAUCAAGAUAAAGAAGGUGAUUGGCUGCUUGCUGGAGAUAUGCCUUGGGGAACUUUUAUCAAGUCGGUGCAGCGUCUAAAAUUGCUAAGGAAUGGCCACUGAUUAAUUAAUUCCAUGGCGGAGAUAAGCUGUUUUUUGCUUUAUUAUUCAAUUAGAACGAUGGAUAUGUUUUUUUUUAUGUUGUUGGAGUCUUAUCCUUGUAUUUCGAGUAGUUAACUCUCUAUUUUUAUGUAGAUUUUUGAUAGCAAGUAAUUUGUACAACUAAGAAUUUAUUCCACUAGAUUGCAACCACCUUGUUUGAGCCCCAUUUUGAGAUGAUAAUGAAUUUUUGAA